GUGGGUGCCUUUGAGGGUACCAUGUGACAGAAGGGAGGAUAAUAACAAAAGGAACAUAUGGGGAUUUUUUUAAACCAAAAUUCAAGUGAGAAUUUGAGAGAACAAGAAAUGGAGGCAAAGUUUCAGAAUAGUUGAAGACUUCGUGGGAGAUGAGCUCAACAUCUUGCUUUGCAUUUAUGCUGUAAUGAAAGGAAAAUUUUGCUGAAGUCUUCAACCAUUUUCACCCUUUUUAAGGCUUUGGAAAUAGGGAUGCUGAUAAUGGUGUGUAAAGUUCUUCUCCAGCCAGGAUUGUUCAGAGGGUUUUGAUAUCUUCAACAGGCGGUGGUUAGGGGAAUCAAUUCGUUCAUAUAUAUUUGUUGUGCUAUGAAGGUGUUUUGGAUUAGGAGGAGUGGCCAUUGGGUCAAAACCAAAGUGAUGCUAUUUGCAUUGUUCAUUGGGAUGUGGAUGCCUUUUGGAGUGAUUGGUGUCUCUAGAAACACUAGUGUUUCCGUUUCUUCUUCUAAUCCAAGGGUGUUGAAUCUUGGAGUUCUGUUCACCCUCGAUUCGGUUAUUGGAAGGUCUGCACAGCCUGCAAUUUUAGCUGCCGUUGACGACGUCAAUGCCAAUAACAACAUUCUUCCAGGAACAAAGCUGAACUUGAUCCUACACGACACGAACUGUAGCGGAUUUCUUGGAACUGUGGAAGCCUUGCAGUUAAUGGAAGAUGAAGUGGUUGCUGCUAUUGGGCCGCAAUCUUCGGGCAUCGCUCACGUCAUUUCGCAUGUUAUUAAUGAACUUCAUAUACCGCUUCUAUCAUUUGGAGCUACAGAUCCUGCUUUGUCUGCACAACAAUACCAAUAUUUUGUUCGGACCACACAGAGUGAUUACUUCCAGAUGAAUGCAAUUGCUGAUAUGGUAGAUUAUUUUGGAUGGAGAGAGGUCGUUGCCAUUUUUGUAGAUGAUGAUAAUGGCAGGAGUGGGAUAUCGGUAUUGAGCGAUGCCUUAGCGAAGAAGCGAGCCAAGAUCUCAUAUAAGGCUGCCUUUCCUCCUGGAUCACUCAAUAGCGAAAUAAGUGAAUUGUUGGUUUCAAUAAACUUGAUGGAAUCUCGAGUUUACGUUGUACACGUCAAUCCUGACACUGGUUUAUCGGUAUUUUCGAUAGCUAAGAAACUUCAGAUGAUGGGUAGUGGUUAUGUCUGGAUCGCAACAGAUUGGCUUCCUUCUUUUCUUGAUUCUUUUGAAACAAUUAGUCCUGAGGUAAUGAAUCAGUUACAAGGUGUUCUUGCUCUUCGCCACCACACCCCCGAUGGCGAUCUGAAGAAAAACUUUGUCUCCAAGUGGAGGAAUCUAAAAUACAAGAAGAGUCCAAACUUCAACUCUUAUGCACUCUAUGCAUACGACUCUGUUUGGUUAGCAGCCCGUGCUCUCGACAUGUUUAUUAAAGAAGGUGGAAAUAUAUCCUUUUCCAACGACCCGAAGUUACGUGAAAACAAUGGAAGCAUGUUGCACUUAAAAUCCCUCCGAGUGUUUAACGGUGGUGAACAACUUCUACAGACAAUUAAGAGAACGAACUUCACAGGUAUAAGUGGGCAAAUUCAAUUUGGUGAUGAUAGAAAUUUGAUCCAUCCAGCUUAUGAUAUCCUGAACAUUGGGGGAACUGGUUCACGUAGAAUUGGUUAUUGGUCAAAUUAUUCUGGUCUGUCAACUAUUGCACCAGAAAACUUAUAUACCAAGCCUCUUAAUGCUUCCUCAACAAACCAUCUCUAUAGUGUCAUAUGGCCGGGUGAAGUAACGACCAUUCCCCGAGGAUGGGUGUUUCCACACAAUGGGAAACCAUUACAAAUUGUAGUACCUAACCGAGUGAGUUAUAAAGCCUUUGUGUCUAAAGACCAGAACCCUCCAGGUGUUAAAGGAUAUUGUAUAGAUGUGUUUGAAGCUGCCAUAAACUUGUUGCCUUAUCCAGUUCCUCGCAUAUAUAUAUUAUAUGGAGAUGGAAAAGACACUCCUGAGUACAACGAUCUUGUAUAUGAAGUUUCACAGAAUAAAUAUGAUGCAGUUGUUGGAGAUAUUACUAUUGUAACGAAUAGGACGAAGAUUGUAGACUUCACACAGCCAUUUAUGGAGUCGGGACUUGUUGUAGUUACUGUCGUCAAAGAGGAGAAGUCCAGUCCAUGGGCUUUUCUCAGGCCGUUUACUAUUCAAAUGUGGGUUGUCACUGCAAUAUUCUUUAUUUUUGUUGGAGCAGUUGUCUGGAUUCUUGAGCACCGGACUAAUGAAGAGUUCCGUGGUCCGCCGAGGCAACAACUAAUUACAAUAUUUUGGUUUAGUUUCUCAACGAUGUUCUUUUCUCACAAGGAAAACACUGUAAGCACCCUCGGACGGUUGGUGCUGAUAAUAUGGCUCUUUGUUGUGUUAAUUAUCAACUCGAGCUACACAGCUAGUUUGACGUCGAUCUUAACAGUGCAACAGUUAACGUCAAAGAUUGAAGGGAUUGAUAGCUUAAUCUCUAGCACAGAUGCCAUUGGAGUUCAAGAAGGGUCAUUUGCAUUGAAUUAUUUGAUUGAUGAGCUCAAUAUAGCAGCAUCUAGGAUCGUUAAACUGAAAAAUCAGGAGGAAUAUGUUGAUGCUCUUCGGCGUGGACCGGGAAAUGGCGGAGUUGCUGCAAUUGUUGACGAGCUUCCUUACGUUGAGCUUUUUUUGGCUGGUACCAAUUGCAUAUUCAGGACAGUUGGACAAGAGUUCACCAAAAGCGGGUGGGGAUUUGCAUUCCAAAGGGACUCUCCUCUUGCAGUUGAUUUGUCAACAGCCAUUCUUCAACUCUCAGAGAAUGGUGAUCUUCAAAAGAUCCACGACAAAUGGCUCUCAAGAACCGAGUGUUCGAUGAGCCUAAACCAAGUCGACGUAAACCAACUAUCACUGAGAAGCUUUUGGGGAUUGUUCCUAAUUUGUGGCAUUGCCUGCUUUGUUGCUCUUUCCAUAUUCUUCUUUCGAGUACUAUUCCAAUACCGAAGAUUUACCCCGGAAACCCAGCCUGAAGUCGGGGAAAUUGAACCUGUUAGGACGAGACGCCUUAGUCGUACAACCAGCUUCAUGCACUUUGUAGAUAAAAAAGAAGCAGAAGUCAAAGGCAAGCUUAAAAGAAAAUCCAGUGAUAACAAACAAGCUAGCCAGAGCUCAGAGGGCCACCCUGAUUCACCUCCUUGAUUUAUGGGAAGCGUAGAUAUUCACGUUUAUGUUUUCAACCGCUCUUAUUUAUAUUUACUUCUCUACAAUUAUUUUAUGAAGCCUAGCAUGUUUUAAAUUACACUUAUUUUAUAUUUAGUUUUGUGUUUCUAAUCACAACUUCGUGAAUUUGACACUUUUAUAAAAAGUAAUAAACUACAGCUCACUGGCUUAUUAGCUCGUC